CUAAAGACCUUUGCAUUGCUGUGAAUUCAACGGAGCUGCAAUACGCUGCUCCCACGCAAAAUUGGCGUCCGGAAGUCGCUCUCAAGCUGCUUGAUUACAUGUGCUCUCAAAUGUAGGGCAUUAUAGCAGCAACAAAGAUCCUACAGGGACGGCCAGGACGGCGGGACAUGCGGUAGCUGUCCUCGCGUGGCGCGACAACGAUGCCGCCUGUGCGCGCUCAGCAGGCGCCCAUCGUCCAGGGUCCGCCGGCCAGCAUGGACUGGGGCUUUCUAUACUGUCUACCCGACCAGAAUGCGACGGUUCUGAGGCGUGGCACAGAGAUUGACACGUCGUUGGCUAGCGGGACCCAUCCGUCGUAUGUAAAGAAGGCGAUGGACCUGCUGCUGCGCUUCCGCAACACCGGCCCCAGCGCCAUCCCGCCCACACGCUACCUCUACGUGCCGCCGCCGCAGUCGGCGCAGCCGGGGCCCGCUGGACAGCAGGGACAGCCCUACACGGGCCCGGGCCAGGCGGCGGCGGGGCCGUGGCUGGGCCGCGGCGCGGGCGCCGGCGGCCCUACCAGUGGUGGCCCUGGGCAGGGUGUGGGCGCGGGUGCCGGUGGCGGCGGCGGCCCACCUGCAGCUCCUUACCAGCCCGGCAAAUCCCAGCCCGGACCCGGAACCGGACCCGGAACCGGAACCGGACCCGGAACCGGGGCCGCCGCCGGCGGCUACUCGCAGUUGCCGCCUACUCAGCCGCGACCGGGGAUGGCCGCUGCCGGUGUGGGUGCGGGUGCGGGUGCCGGUCCCGCGCGGGGCGGCGGCGGUGGCGGUGGCGGCGGCGGUGGCGGCGGGGGUCGCGGGGAUGCGCUGGAGGUGGAUGACGAUGACGAUGACGACCUGCCGGAUGUGGACAUCGACGCCAUCGUCGCCAACCACCAGGCCGCCGGCACAACCGCUGCCAACGGUAAUAACGGCCACAACGGCAACGGGCCUGGCGGCGGCGGCGGGGCAUACGGUGGGGGUGGAGGUGGCGGAGGCGGCGGCGCCGGCGCGUAUGGUGGUGGUGGGGGAGGCGGCCAGAACCACCAGCAGAGCUGGGGCGGCGGUGGCGGCGGCGGCUCCGGUGCAGGCGCAGGCGGUGGGUAUGGCGGCGGCGGCGGUGGCGGCGGCGGCGGCGGCGGUUGUGGUGGUGGUGGCGGUGCCUAUGGGGGCAGCUACUCCGGUGGCGGCGGUGCCGGAGGCGUCGCUGGCGGCGGCGGCGGCUACGGCUUUGGCGCCGGCGCCGGCGCCGGCGCUGGCGCCGGCAGCGCUGGCGGCUUCGGCUCUGGCGCCGGCGGCGGCGGCUUCGGCGGCCCUUCCGGCGCCUUCGGCCCUUCCAGCAACUUCGGAACCGGCAACUUCGGCACCGGUGGCCUGGGCGGCGGCGGCGGCGGCGGCGGCGGCGCCUACUACGGCGACGACGCGGGGCCGCGGCCGCCCGACCCCUCACUGAGGGCCAAGGCGGCGGGCGCGCCGCCCAGCCCCACACGGUAUGAGGUGGUGGACGGCGGCGCGGACCGGCAGUGGCGGCGCGGCUUCGAGUGGACGGCCAAGCUGCGGCGCAUCAACCUGGAGGUGUUUGGCAACAAGAGCUUCAGGCACAACCAGGAGUCCAUCAUCAACGCCACACUGGCGGCGCGGGACGUGUUUGUGCUCAUGCCCACAGGCGGCGGCAAGAGCCUGUGCUACCAGCUCCCGGCGCUGAUGAGUGACAGCGGCGUCACCAUUGUCAUCAGCCCCCUGGUGUCACUCAUCCAGGACCAGAUCUACCACCUGCGCGAGGCGGGCAUAGGCGCCGCACACCUGGGUGGCAGCCAGGACUGGCAGGAGGCACGAGAGCACAUGGACGGCAUCCGCUCCGGCUCCUCCGAUGUGCGGCUGCUGUUCGUGACGCCGGAGAAGAUCGCCAAGAGCGACGCCCUGGUGCGGCUGCUGGAGGCGCUGGAGGCGGCGGGGCGGCUGGACAGGGUGGUGGUGGACGAGGCGCACUGCGUGAGCCAGUGGGGUCAUGACUUCAGACCUGACUACAAGGAGCUGGCUCUGUUCAAACGGCGGUGGCCGCGUGUGCCGCUGCUGGCCCUCACAGCCACUGCCACGCCGCGAGUGCAGGCUGACGUGCGGCUGCAGCUGCGCAUUCCCGAUUGCGUGGUGUUCAAGAGCUCUUUCAACAGACCCAACCUCAGGUACGAGGUGGUGAAGAAGGGCAAGGCCAUCACCGACGACCUCAAGCAGCUGCUGCUGGAGCGGUUCGUGCACCCGGUGAAGAAGAGGGUGCAGUGCGGCAUCGUGUACUGCCUAAGCCGCGCCGAGUGUGAGCGGGUAGCUGAAGAGCUGCGCAAGGUCCGGCAGCCCAACGGCCGCAUGCUGGUGGCGGCCCACUACCACGCCAGCCUGAGUCACGAGGAGCGGGAGGCGGUGCAGACGCGCUGGAGCAACGACGAGGUGCAGGUGAUUGUGGCCACCAUCGCCUUCGGCAUGGGCAUCAACAAGCCCGAUGUUCGCUUCGUGAUCCACUUCUCUCUGCCCAAGAGCCUGGAGGGCUACCACCAGGAGACGGGCCGCGGCGGCCGUGACGGCGCCGAGGCGGCCUGCCUGCUGUACUACAACUACGGCGACGCGCAGAAGGCCCGACACAUGCUGACGCAGAGCGCGCAGGAGAACCAGACGCCGCCCCAGGUCCUCCGCAGCAACAUGGACUCCCUCAACUCCAUGAUCAUGUUUGCUGAGGAGCAGGUGGAGUGCCGGCGUGUGCUGCUGAUGCAGCAUUUUGGCGAGGCGUUCGACCCCGCCGCCUGCAGGGGCACCUGCGACAUAUGCAGGCAGCGGCAGGCCCAGGGUCUGCGGCAUGAGGCUCGCGACAUGACGGGCUCGGCUCGGCAGCUGGUGGAGCUGGUGCGGGCGGCUGGGUGCAGGUGGAGUGCCAGUCAUGUGGUGGACGUGUUCCGAGGGUCCAUGAGCAAGGAGGUGAAGGCGGCGGGUCAUCACGAACUGUCGCUGCACGGCUCCGGCAAGAGCAUGAACAAGGGUGACGCCCAGCGCCUGCUUCGCAAGCUGCUGGCGCUCAACGUGCUGGCGGAGGACACACACCGGGCCGACAACGCCUACGCCACCAUCAGCAGCGUCAUCAAGGUCAACGAGCAGCUGGCUCAGCAGAUGGCGCGUGGCGGCCUCAAGGUGGAGAUGCAGUUCGCGGUGGGAGGCAGCGGCGGCGGCGGAGGCGGCGGCGGCAAGGCAGGCAAGAGCGCUGCAGGCGCCGCUGGCGGCAGCCGCGCACGCGGCGCCGGCGCCAAAGCCGGUGGAGCCGGGACCGGCGGGGCGGCGGCGGGCGGAGCCGGCGGCGGCGGAGGCGGCGGCCGCGGCGGCGCAGCCGCCACUGCGAGUGGCGGCGGCGGAGGCGGAGGCGGGCGCGGCGGCGAUUGGGGCGCGGAUGAUUGGGGGCCGGAUGGCGGUGAUGACGACUGGGCGGCGGCGGCGGUGGCACCAGGGGGUGGCGGCGGCGGCGGUGGCGGCGACAUGGACUUUGUGGAGGAGGAGGGCGCGGCGGGGGACAGUGAUGUGGAGAUUGUGGAGAGGCCUGCUGGCGGCGCGCCGCGCCCUCGUGCCGCCGCCGCCGCCCCGCGCGCCGCCGUGCCGGCAACGCGCCACACCGCCAGCGCCGCCAGCGGCGGCUACAACCACGGCGGCUACGGCGGCCCUGGCGGCGGCGGCGUCGCCGCCGCCCGCCCCACGACGUCUGCCUCCAGUGCCGGCGGCGGCGGCGCCGGCGGCGGCGGCGCUACGUCUGGUGCUGGCGGCGGCGGCGGCGGCGGCGGCGGCGUGACGAGCAACCGGGCUCUGACACGUGACGACGACGCGCUGUGCCACCUGGUGUACGACGCCCUGGUGCAGCUGCGCGGCUGGCUGGCCUCGCACUCCAGCGAGCGCGGCAAGAAGGGAGAGGCCAUCCUGCCCAGCGCCGUGGUCAACCAGCUGGCGCGCGCCAAGCCCAAGAACAUGACGGAUCUGCUGUCGCUCACCCUCACCGGCUACAACGACAUGCGCAAACGCUCACACGGCCAGAACAUCAUCGCGGUCAUUGACAUGGCCAAGCUGCAGUACAUGGAGGCGCGGCUGGCGGACCAGGACCUCGCCACGGUGCAGUUCGUGCUGCAGGAGGACAAGCUGCACUACGGAGGAGGAGGAGGAGGAGGCGGAGCAGGAGCAGGCGGCGGCGGCGGAGCGGACGGAGGCGUGUCCAUGACCCAGGCUCCUCCGGGCGCAGGUGCCACACAGGCGCCGCUGCCGUACCACCCGCAGCAGCACCACCCGCAGCAGCACCAGCCGCAGCCGCCCAAGCGCGGGCGUGACGACCACGACUCCGCGCCCCCGCGCCCAUACCCAUACCCGCAACAGCCGCAACAGCAGCCGCAACAGCAGCAGCAGCAACAGCAGCCGCAGCAGUGGUCGGGAGGGACUGGCGGCGCCGCCGGUUCGGCAGGCGGCCACACGGGCGCAGGAGCAGCUGCGGGCGGGGGCCCGCCGCCGCCGGGUCCACGUCAGCAGGGGGGGCCGGCGGCGGCUCGGGGCGGGUACGUGGAUUUGGAGAUGGGCGGUGUGGUGCCGCACGUGCAGCCCUUCAGGGGCCGCGCCACGACAGGACCCGGGAGCGGAGCCGGAGCUGGGGCUGGAGCUGGAGCUGCAGCUGGCCCAGAGCCCAAGCGGCAGCACACGGGCGGGCCCGGCGGCAGCAACGCCUUCGACGGCUACCGCUGCGGCACCGGCACCGGCACCUCGCCGCCGCCGCCAGGCGCCGCCACCACGCCGUCGCCGCCACACCCGCAGCAGCACCAGGUCCAAAACCCUCACCUCCAACACCACCAACACCAGCAAGCGCACCAGCAGCCGCACCAGCAGCCGCACCAGCAGCUGCAGCAGCAGCCGCUCCAGCAGCCGCCACGGCCGGCGCUGCCGCCGCGGCCGCCGCAGGCAGGCGGUGGUAACGCGGGCGGCGGCUUUGCGGCCGGGGGACUGUCUUGGCAACAGCAACAGCAGGGGCAACAGCAGCAGCAGCAGCAGCAGGGGCAGCAGCAGCAGGGGCAGCAACAAGCCCUCGGAGGCUAUGGGGGCUACGGCGCUCCACACCAGGGGCAGCAGGGGCCGUCAGGGGCGGGCCCGGGCCCCAGCGCGAGGGGCUACGUGCCGCCUGCUUUCGCGCCAGGGGGCGGCGGCGGCUCGGCUCUGGUUAAGGCUGGUCCAGGCGGCCAUGGUGGAGAAGGAGGGGACGGCGGGGACGGCUGGGGGCCGCAGGGAGGUACAGGUGGUGCAGGAGGUGGAGGCGGCUGGGGCAGCCAAGGCGGGGGUGGCGGCGCAGGCAGCCAGGGGCCAGGGACACAGGGGCCGGCGGGCGGGCGGACAGCAGGCGGCAGCCGCCUGUCGCUGUCCAAGCAGAAGCAGCAGCAACAGCAGCAGCAGCCGCAGCAGCAAGGGGAAUUCAUCAGUUUUCGGAGGUGAAAGAAGGGGCUUGUUAUUAAUCGCAAACAGGCGGCGGGUCAAAAUCAGCCGGUUACAAUCUUUAAAACGCCCAGGCGUGAUGGGGGGAGGCGAACAGGCGUGUCGCCCAGGGUUCCCAUUCCUGAGGGAGCGAUCUUUGUAAAUUCAUCCGUUU